GUCGUCAUCGUGUGCGAUGGCCGCUCCCUAUUGUCCCGUACAUGUGCUCGCCAGCCCUCCUUCCAUGGGUUGGUUUCGUCGUUGUGUGGGGGUCUUGGAUGUGCCUGAGCCGCGCUCUGGACGGAUUUUUCAGGAGAGUCCGUUUCUUCAGUCUAUCGAGGGUGUUUCGGGGUUGUCGGCGGGGAACCGUUGGUGUGACGUUUUUGUACUUGGAUAUUUAGAAGUGGAGAGAAAGGUCAACAUUGAAUCUGAGGAUGCAUCGUGGAGCGAGAAGAAGGGGCUCUAUUCUGGGAGUUGUGCUCCUUGGAAGUCAGCUGUUGAACAUGGGUUUGGACCGCAUUCCACCUGUCACUUUGGGCCUCGUUGUCACACAGGCCCUUCUUUACUUGGGAAUUCUCUCACCUCCCUGGACCAAAGAUGAGAUCUGCAUCAGUGGUGACUCCAUCUAUUUUGGAAGAGAAUGGCUCCGCCUCUUGUUCUCACCCUUUGAGCAUGGAGAUGACAUGCACCUGUAUUACAACAUGGUAUCCUUCCUUGUCAAGGGUGCUUCAUUGGAGAAGCAAUUUGGAUCACCAUAUUUUGGUGUGCUGAUCAUGUCCUUCUGUGUUCUCACAAAUAUUGUUUAUGUCAUCAUCUCUGUUGCUGCCUGGCAACUUUUUGAGGACUUUUCUUAUAUGGUACCAUGUGCCAUUGGAUUUUCAGGGGUAAUCUUUGCAUUGAAGGUGUUAACAACCUUCUACAAUCGGCAAGACAACGUGCGGCUCUAUGGGUUUCCAGUACCUUCUAAAUAUUCUGUGUGGAUAGAGCUGGUAAUCAUACACUUAUUGGUGCCAAGGGCAUCCUUUACUGGACAUCUGGCAGGGAUACUUGUUGGAAUUGCCUAUACAUCAGGCAUUGUCAAGAAGAUGGUGGAUCUAGUUUACUACUCUGCUGUCAUGGCUGCCACUCCUCUCCGUGCUGCAUAUUCUCCACAAGGUUCAUAUAGGUAUGAAGCAAGGGCAACAGGCGAUGGUACUCAGGGUCAGCCUUUUUCUCAGAUGCAUUCUGAUGGAAGAAAUCAAAGAAGCUGGCAGCAGCCUGAUAGUCCAUCCUUCACACCAUCUGCUCCCCCUGUGGAAGAGGAAAUAACUGCCACUCGUAGAACUUCAGCAGACUUGCCUGCAGAAGUCCUGCGCCAGCUACGAUUGCAACGCUUCUCCAGAAACUGAGCUGUAAAUGUCUCAGCUCUGUUUCUAGUAGCAGUUCAAAUGCAAGUACCUUGUGAUAUGUGAGAUGUGAAUUUCAAGUUUCUUAUUCAUGUUUAAAUUGAAGAAAUUCAAUAAAAAUGGUGAAAGGCACAUACUGGA